AUGGUUAUGGACGGGAUCGCCGACGUCGCGCACUCCCACAGUGGUCACGAGUGGGAGAAUUCGGCGGGCGAAAUGCGGCGGUUUGGAUGCGUCCCCUUUGGGACGACCUGUUGGGACGACCUGUGGGACGACCUGUGGCAGCGACCGAUGCCGUCACCGGACGCGGCGGCGAGGCACACGGGCGCCGGCGUGGCGCGUCGGCAGGCCCACCACGAGCGGAUGCGCGACGAGCGCGCUCGGGAAGCGGCCGCGGGCGACGCGGAGCUUCCGCCGGAGGACGACGCGGUCGAGAUGGCGAGCGCCGCCCACGUGCUGGACAGCGUGGCGGAGGUGGGCCCGAACUACACCCUGCUGCGCAGCAAGGAGACGAAGGCGAAGCGGCGGAAGCGACAGCGCGAGGAUGCCAGGGCGGCGCUCGACGGCCACACUGUCCUGUCCACCGGAUCGCGCCUCGAGAUCUUCUGCGACAGUGAGCGGUGGUACCCUGCGACCGUCAUGGCGCGGGAGGAGGACGGGGACGGACGGAUCGCGCACCAGGUCGAGUACGACGGCUACCCGGAUCGGCGGUGGUGGCACAUGCUGGACGACGAGCGGAUAUGGGCCAAAAGCGUCGAAAAUGUCCCAAAAAGCGUGUCUUACCCUUGGAAUGGCCGGAUUUAG